AUGAGUUCCAAUGGUAGUGCAUUGAAGGGAUCAGCACCUCCUGAUUUAGCAAAAUAAGUGUUGGUCCAGAAAUUGGCUCAACAAAUAGUGAACCAGAUAGUCUCAGAUGAUGUAAUAGACGAUAAAAUUGAGGAGGAGGAAAAUCACAACAAAGAGCCUACUUGCUGUCAAAUGUUCUAUGCUCCCUUCACAUUGAAAUACUAUUAACCAUUCUUCAACGAUUUAACAACUAAAGUAAUAGCAUAAAAACUAUGGGCAUCCUUUUUCCCAUUCAAAGCAACCUUCUUUGAAAUUCAGGAUGGAAAGGCAGAUUUAUAUGGGCCAGUCUGGAUUUAUGCCACCUUAGUAUUUGCAGUAGCUGCUGCAGGUAACAUUUCUGGUUAUCUGGCAACUCCAAGCAACAUAGCAUUCCAUUACAAUUUCGAUUUCAUACCAACGGCAUCAUCCUUACUGUUCGGAAUAGCCUUUCUAGUACCAUUUGCAAUUUAUAUGGUUAUGAAAAUGCUGGGAGGCAGACAUCUCCAUUUAACAUCAGUUAUCUGUAUAUAUGCCUAUGCUUAAACAUGCAUAAUACCUGUGUGUGUGGUAUGCUCUAUUCCGAAUCCUUAAUUGCAGUGGGGUGCAUUGAUCUACGCAAUGAUUAACUCAUCUCUGUUCUUGAUAGUCAAUUAUUGGGGAGAGUUGGAGAAGAACAUACAGGCGAAGAAACACAUAGUUAUUUGGUUGAUUGCUGGAUGCUAGGUGGUGUUACUGUUAUUGUUCAAGAUGUACUUUUUCUUGUAUGUAUACACAAAUCCUUAUACUGGAUCAAGAUUCGAUUAACUCACAAAGAUUGUUCAUACGGAUCACUUCUUUUUGCACCAUCAUCAAUAACAUUGAGAAUAUUAAAUUAUUUAUAAUAUUAUUAUUUAACCG